UAACAAAAAGAAGGGGCAAUUAGGGCAACUCAGUAGAAAUAUCGAAGACUUGUAUAAUUUAUUUUCAGUAGGGCAGGCGGUGCGGUCUCUUCUUUUUCCUUCGUCGACGUCGAGGUCCUCGCUCGGGUUUUGUUUACAAUUUCGUUAAGCUCGCUAACCAUUUUCUUUGCAGACUUUCCAAACCCUAAUCCUUGAUACCCAAAUCCUCCUUUCCAGAGCCUCGCAGAACAUGGGUGAAACAAGGGACAACGAUGCUUACGAGGAGGAGCUUCUCGACUACGAGGAAGAAGAAGAGAAAGCCCCAGACUCUGUUACUGCCAAAGUCAAUGGCGAAUCCGCCAAGAAAGGCUAUGUUGGAAUACACAGUUCCGGAUUCAGAGACUUUCUUUUGAAGCCAGAGCUUCUACGGGCCAUUGUGGACUCGGGAUUUGAGCAUCCUUCUGAAGUUCAACAUGAGUGUAUCCCUCAAGCCAUCUUGGGCAUGGAUGUUAUCUGCCAAGCUAAAUCUGGGAUGGGGAAGACUGCUGUAUUUGUUCUGUCUACUCUUCAGCAAAUUGAGCCUACAUCUGGCCAAGUUAGUGCCCUUGUUUUGUGUCAUACUAGGGAGUUGGCUUACCAGAUAUGUCACGAGUUUGAGAGGUUCAGUACAUACUUGCCCGAUACCAAGGUUGCUGUCUUUUAUGGUGGUGUCAAUAUCAAAAUUCACAAAGAUCUAUUGAAAAAUGAAUGCCCACAUAUUGUUGUUGGGACACCUGGAAGAAUACUAGCGCUAGCGAGAGAUAAGGAACUUUCAUUGAAGAAUGUGAGGCACUUUAUUCUUGAUGAAUGUGACAAGAUGCUUGAAUCACUUGACAUGAGGAGAGAUGUGCAGGAGAUCUUCAAGAUGACUCCUCAUGAUAAGCAAGUUAUGAUGUUUUCUGCAACACUCAGCAAAGAAAUCCGCCCAGUUUGCAAGAAAUUUAUGCAAGAUCCUAUGGAAAUUUACGUUGAUGAUGAAGCCAAGUUGACCCUUCAUGGUCUUGUACAGCACUACAUCAAAUUGACUGAGCUGGAGAAGAACCGGAAGUUGAAUGAUCUUCUUGAUGCACUGGACUUUAAUCAAGUUGUUAUCUUUGUCAAAAGUGUGAACAGAGCAGCUGAGCUUAACAAGUUACUUGUGGAGUGCAAUUUUCCCUCGAUUUGCAUCCAUUCUGGCAUGUCACAAGAAGAAAGGUUGACACGCUACAAGGGAUUCAAGGAGGGGCAUAAAAGGAUUCUUGUGGCCACAGAUUUGGUUGGUCGGGGAAUUGACAUUGAACGAGUAAACAUUGUUAUCAACUAUGACAUGCCAGAUUCUGCUGACACUUAUCUACACAGAGUUGGUAGAGCUGGUAGAUUUGGCACUAAAGGGCUUGCAAUUACAUUUGUAUCAUCUGCGUCAGACUCUGAUGUUCUAAAUCAGGUUCAGGAGAGGUUUGAGGUGGACAUAAAGGAGCUUCCUGAGCAGAUUGAUACAUCUACAUACAUGCCUUCUUAGAGGCGGUUCAGUUGGCAGCAUGAAUGUUUGGGGCAAAAACAAUGUAAUAUCUGUGCCAGAGGCAUUUAUGUUAUCAUGUUCUUCAAUCCUAGUGCGUAGCGUACUUGUAUUGGACAAUGGAAGGCCGAUUCUCUACUGAAUGGAUUUCGAUAGUUUCAAUAGUAAUUGUAGAUUGGGGGGCCGUGCAUUAUGGGAAAUAGGGUAGAGUUUUAUCUUGAAAAUGGUAGCCUCAAUUUAUGUUGAUAACUAAUUCAGAUUUGCAGGUCAUAUAGCUGAGUUGUGCGUUAGUUAACGGGAUUUUAAAUAUUUUUGUUAUGCCUAAUCAUCUGGUAUUUUU